GUGGAGGGUGGCUGUCCCUAGGCUCUUGUGGGGGCCCCACCAUCUCUCUCUCUCUCUCUCACCGCCUUCCCCUCUCCUUAUACCGCCAUGGCAGCUACACGGCCAGGAGUCAAGGACCGCAUAGUGCAUGAAAUUGGCAGAGCCAUUAAGCAGGCUCAACUGGAGUGGUGUGGUGUAGGAUGUGUCCGAGCCUGCACAGGAAGAUGGCUGGUGUUGAGUCUAGAUGCUGCCUUAUUACACGGACUUCACUCCCUCAAUCGGGGGUAUUGGCCAGUUGUUGCUGCACUCCUUGACAAGCAAUCUCUUGCCACCAUUACCAUGCUUCCUUAUGCCACAAAGUCACUGUCUAAAGGUCGGUCUUGGGUGUGCCUGUGUUUAAAUGACGGUCAGCUAGAAAGUUACUUGCAUGUAUUAACCAGCCAUAGAGCUAUGCUGGAGGCUCAUUAUGGAUCCCAAGCACUACUACGAGACCCUCACCGGGCACACCUCCUCCUCAUGCUGGCUGCUGGGCUCGAGCACCUUAGGUUUGCUAUUCCAAUGGAUGUGCCAGGUUGGAUUCAAGAUGAGGGAAGUGUUGGGAACUCCUCCAGUACUAGUGUGAACUCCUUGACCGUGUCCAUGACAAGCAUGUGCUCCUCCCUCCCCUCACCGUCCCAGCAAGACACUCUUGACGUUGACACUACAUGUUCAGAAGCAAUGGAGGAAAGUUGGCAUUCCAUUGAGAGAGACGAGCCCGUCUCUCUCGCCAGGUGUGAUGACAUGGAUACAGCUAUUGAAAUUGAACACAUCCCAAAGGUAUCCAGAAAAAAGAGAGGCAGCCGGUCGUCAUCAAGAAGCUCAUCGCAAGUGUCGUCAGGCGGGACUACACCUGUUGAAUCGGACGUCCAGACCACAACUAAGGCUGCUGUAAAGGACCAGCUAUUUGUGUGUGCUGCUUCAUGUGACCAAAGAGUAUCUGGGGAAAAUCUUGGUACCAUUCCAUUUGACUCUAGAACUGGUGUAUUCCAUGGUGAGAAAAUACCAAAGAAAACCUGUGAUAAUUUUGACAAAGAUGUCUACAAUAUUUCCAAAGAUAAAAAGAGUGUAGAAAAUAAUAUAAGAUGUAAGGAAAACCAGCUACGAGAAGAUGGUAGAGACACGUGCUUACACAAGCAAAUCAGUAGAUGUGUUGAGACCAAAGACUCUGACAGUAAAGUUACUAAACAGGAGAAAGGGAGUGCGGAAAACGAAAGUGUCGUUAUUCACCGUCGUCAGCUGCCAGCGUCUAAGAAUAGUGAGAAGAGAGUCUCCUUCACUGAUAUGACAGAUGCAGGACACACAAAACACAUUCACAAUCGACUCAGCUUAGGUGGUGAUCGGUCCACAGGGACUGAAAUUCGUGACCUAAAUGACCUGAGAGAUUUAUUAUCUAACCUAAGAGACCAAGGGCUGCUACCUGUCUCUUUAGCAUUGGAUGAACUUUUUAACAGUCUUGACCAGUCAAGUCCAGCACUGAGUGAGAGAGCGCCACCAGAAGGCCAAGAAGACCCACCAUUACACCAGUCCAUUAUUAGCUUGGCUCCUAACAUUAACAAUAAUAAUAGUGUUAAUGAUGAUAGCAAUAACAACAAUCAUAGCGAUGAGAACCGUAGCCGUGAUGUGGGCGACGACGCAACAGAGACAGAAGAGGGUACCAAAGACCAAACACAAGGGGAGAAACAGAUUGGUUGCUUUUCACAACAAAAUGGUAUAAUUGAUGGUGUUAGAUGGGAGGAGUUGACAAUGAUUGGGCAGAAAAUGCUUGAGGAAGGCAGUGUUGAGGGAAAAGAUAUUGAUGCUCGGUUACUAACACUUCACAGAAAUCAAGGAAAUGUUGGAAACCAAGACCACUUAGUUACAGGCACUAGGCCUAAACAGCGGCUGGGUGCUGUUCUCAAAACUGAACCUCAGAAUUGCCAAACAGUGAAUGAUUCAGACAGAGUACCUCGCAGAGAGAGAAAGUCUUGUAGAAAGUGCCCAAACCAGGAAGAAAGGAAGUGGUUGUACAAUCAUAGUUACAGGACAGACAGACAGCUACCCAGUCUCUACAUACCUCUUAAAGUGGAUUCAUCUAAAUUCAAGGAAGAGGAGGAUCGUCUUGCAUUAGAAGUGGCCCAGGGUCAGUCUAAUAUGACUGUUCCUGGUCAUAUUGCUGACCCCAUCACAGAACAGAGAAUCUCUGCCCAGUUAUUUACUGUGGCUGAUGAGAAGCUUUAUAGGGUAUUUAAUGUGCGUGAGGGUCAUAGCAGUGGCAGCAGUGUGGGAGUUCAAGUUGUACUGUCAUCACAAGCACUCUAUGUGGUCACGCCUCGACUCAGAGGAGCGAAACAACGACAUGCCGUCUUUUACCAUGACAUUCACACUAUUAUUGUUGGAGCUAAUGACCAGUGGAUAUGUAUACUCAGUAAAGAGGCUGUAAGAGAUGAUUUGGAAACGGCAGGAACCAAAGUCGGUAUUCAGUUGGAAGUUGGAGAUCCCGAAAUUACACACAAUCUUGUCAACUGCUUAGAAGUUGCCAUCCGUCGCCAUUUUGCAGCUCUGAAAGUCCAUACAAAGGAGAGAUAUGUUAAAUCUUGUUCUGAUAAAAGAAGCUAUUAUCCUGCAAGGAAAGAGUUUCUUCAAGAGUUUACUAAAGAAUGUGUAGAUAACUUCUCAAAUUCACUUUUAGAGGAAUCACUACUUAAUGCUUGGGAUACCAGAAAAAAUUCAGCUAUUAGUCAAGCAACUGACAUAAGUCAAGAUUCACCUGUUGCAACUCCAGGAUCUGGUCAUAUUAGUCAAGAUUCAGCUGAGGGCAGUCAAGAAUCAACAGACGUCAGUGAUGUGUCAAAUGAUAUAAGCCCAGCUUCUACUGAAGUUAGUCAAACAUCAGUUGAUGGAAGUCAAGUAUCAUCAGAUCUUAGUCAAGUGUCUAGUGAGGUCAGCAACGUGUCAACUGAUGCCACUCAUGAGUCGGUUCAUGCCAGCCACGAGUCAGUCGAUACUAGUCAGGCAACUUCUGACAUGAGUCGGUCAUUAUCAGACGAUACUCCGACAUCAUCAGACAUGAUCCAAUCUCUAUCAAACGUUAGUCAAGAAUCUUUAGACGGCGGUCACAUACCAGUUGGUGGGAGCGAAGACACCAGUGAUACCAGUCAAGUUUCUGGAGACACGGUCACGGACAGUAAGACAACAGAUUACGUCUGCCCUCUACAACUUCAUAUACAAAAGCAGGAUAUUUUUUAUAGAUAUGCUGGUGGUUAUUCCCGUUGGAAUGGAACACUAUUGGAAAGAAGCCUGCCAGGAGUUGUGGUACACCCAGCCUGGGAAUUGGCAGGAUUACGCAAGUGGUUAAGAGCUCAACUGCGCAUUAAGGAGUAUCCUAAAGUUAUUGGUUACUGGCUUGUAGACUGGGAAGAUGGAAGCAGCCUGGGAGGAGGGGAUUCUGUUUCUGGACCUUUAGGACCAGCCAAUGAAGGACCACUAAUGUUCAAGCCUCCUGGAAUUCUCAUGCCAUGGAGACCAGCAUAUUUUAUUCUUAAGGCUGGUGUUUUAUAUCAAUUCAAUGAUGCCAGAGAAAGAUUACCCCAUCUGAUAGUGGAAGUGGUGCAGUGCGUCGGUUGUGUUCGUAUCGCUUCUAGUCAACGACCUCAUGCUUUUCAGUUGCUGAGAAAGAAAGAUGCCCCACUCACAUUAGCAGCUUCAGAUGAGCAUCAGGCAUCAUUAUGGCUACAGGCUUUUCUUACCAUCAUUAACAGUGGGGUACGAGAUAUAAGUGAGAGAACACAGGUACCUUGUCGUGUAAUACUUCUAGAAUCUGGAGUUUUGUUAGCACAGCAGUCGGACCUUAUUAUUGGGCCUCCUUCAGAAACAACACUCCAGAAUGGUUAUGAUGAUAAAUCUUCAGCUGUUCAACGCUCCCAACAGAUGCUUGGAACUUCACCUGUUACAUCUGCUAUUCAAGGCCAGUCUGAAUUGGAAAAAAAGGACUUUGAGAAACCACUAAAUUUGACGGUAGCAAACCUGAGGGAUCGUAAGCCUUUGAGUUCCUCGCUAACUAGCCUUAAUCGUGUUGGUAGUUCACCAUGUCUGCUUGGUAGUCCAAGAAAAUGCAUCGGUCCUGGAGAGAGAAGUUCGACACCUAUACCUAACAUUCUACAAAGGAAGAGUAGUCUUUGCAGAUUAUCUGAUUGUGGAAUUCCAGAUAUUAAGUUGGAUGUGGAAAAUGUAGAUGAAAAACGUUUAUCUUCUCCUCAAAAAAAGUUAAAGCCACGAAGGAUGCACAAGGUAGAAUUAACUGCUACUGAAGCAUCUUGUCUAAAAGAUGGAUUUAAUCCCAAGGGUGAGGUGAAGGUUUUGACAUUCAGCACCUUGGAACACCUAUCUUCAGUGUCUAUAUAUGCCGAGUGUCCAACUACGUGUCUCAUGGAAUUUGAGUGUAGCGAAGCUGGUGAGAUAUCGGGAGAUUGGGCACUCUACUUCAGAUCUGGCAGCCAGUUACAAGAAUUUAUCACAACCUUGACUUGCACCUGGAGGUCCUUGUCUGAGCAUGAUUUUCCACUGCACACAGUAGAUAAUGCUGGAGUGCAGCAGUUUCUUCUUGAAGGCUCUCAAAUCUCCAGUAAUGGGUGGUCCUGCCUCCACUUAUGAAAAUCUCACUGACAAAGUGAAUCUCUGCUUCACUCAACAGACUGAAAGAAUUGGUGCCUCAUAGAUGUUAAAAGUCACACCAGACGAAAAGGUGUUUAUAAAUAUCAGUAUGCAUGUAUAUUCAAUAUUAAGAUGUGAAAUGUUUUGUAAAAGAUACACUAAAGUGUGAAUUAAAUUUUGUAUAUCGUUGGUCUGUUGGGCACAAGACCACAUUAAAUGGUCACUUGAGGUGAGGACUAAGAUAAAGAUAGGUGAUUAGAGGCCAUUAGUGGGCCAUACAAGCAAGGUAAGUGUAGACUGCAUAAGACAUUCUUCUCUAGUCAUUUGACAAUACAAAGCUUUAAGAAAUAAGUUCCUUUUGUAUGUUAAAGUGUAUGUUUUUAAUCAAGAGUUUUUAAGGAAUUAACGUGUACUGUUAAUCUUGAUCAAAAUGUAUAAUUGCCUUAUACAAAAGUUGACUUGACUGCUAAAUGUUUGGCAGAAACACCAUCUUUUUAAAGCUAUACAUAAAGCUUUCUCUGUCUUUCUUUACAUAUUUAGUUAAAUUUACACCUGAGCUGUUGUUGAAAUGCAGACUAAAUUUUCCAAUUUCUUAAAACAUUUUGAAGAAAAGUCAAUACAGGAAUAGGCAGAAUUAUAAAUUGUAUACAGACUCGUGUGUAUUGUUCUUACUUCUUAUUUUAGAUUACAGGUAAAUUGGUGCAAUUAUUGGCAGCUACCUCUUCCUCUUUUUCAGCGUAGGUACUCGUAGGAGAGUUUAUUUUUAUACUCCAGGUGACGGUAAUGACACAAAAUUAAUGUACGUAACUGAAUUGACUUUUCGUGUGUUAUACAUCACUUUAAGUAGCAUAACUUGUUGAUGCCACGUGUAAGUGUGCCUAAUGAUGUGGUUAUGUAUACCCAGGCACUCGCACGGUUUUCAAGGCAAGUUCAAUUGCCGGUACGGUAUCCAGAAUGGAGAUGUGCGGUGCCAAGAGUGGAAGGCAGGUGUGGAAAACGUGUUGACUUACACCAAAGACAAAAGCACAUUUUUGGCUUGAUGGAAAUAUUAAUAUGCAAUUUAUUUUUUAUAACAUAUAAUUUGACUCAAAAGUAAGCGGUGAGAAUAAUAAUUAUUUUAUUUAUUAAUAUCUGAAAAUAAAGCUUAAAUAUUUUUUAGGGGAUCAUUUUAAUUAUUUUUAAUUUACUGUACUGUACUUGAUUUUGUGAUAUAGUUUACGAUAGUUAUUGUAUAUAUUUUGUUUAUAUUAACAUGUAACAAGCAAGUUAGUACAGUACAGACCUCACAAAAACUAUAUUUAUCAGUAUAUGUAUGUAGUCAAUGUUUCUGUAUUCUUUUAUAUGCAUAUGAAACUUUUAUGUGUGGAGUGCAAGGUACUCGGGAGCUGGUGUAGAGAAAGUUUUCACAGGUGAAGCUCUUGAUACUGAUGUAUGUAUUGAUGUUCACUAUUUCAAAAUCAAUUAUGUUCAAAGAUAAAAAAGUAAAUGUAAACAUUUGAAAACAUUGAGGCACGGGAAAAUAGCUCUUGAUACAAAAACUAAUAUGAGAGUUGAAGAAAUAGAUCUUGAAGAAAUAGAUGUAUUGAGAAAUACAUCUCGUGGUAAUUGAAUUACCACGAGUGUUCUACUAAGAACACGGUUAUUGGUUAGGCAUUUUUAUGACAAUUGAGCAGCAAUAUGUUUUAGAAUUAAACAAAUCAUAUGGUCAAUUAUAUGAGUAUUUUUUUAUCUUGAAUAAUUUACAUAUUAAGGUAUUUUAUGAAAUGUAAUACAAGGGAAGUUUGGUGUUGAGUACAGUACCAAUAUCAACAUUUUGUACUUGUGCUUUUGUAUAACUUCAUACUUUUUUAUAUGGCUUUGAGUAUGCCAGUAAGUCAUAGGCCUAAGAAAUAUAAGAAAGAUAUCUGAUUUUUAAUAACUGCAAAUAAAUUGUUCUAAUCAUAAUUAAGGAAAUGCAUAUGUUGUGGUAAAUUGUUUGAGGCAGAAGACUGGCAAUAACUGUGGGAAAUGCAGAUGAAUGAGAGGUGUAGUGUAAGGGAAGAACAGAUUUCUUAGUAUUGGUGACCAGUCGUACAUGUUUUCUUUCACAGCUUCAAUCAUAAUUUAUACCUCGGUAGAUCCCAAUGUGAAUUUGCACAGGCACUUGCUGCAAUACAGGUUUUUGCAUGUAUUCCCUCUGCUUUUACAGUGCUACUCUGUUGCAACUAGGGAGUUGUUUGAAC